AUGAUUAAUGAACGUUUUAAUCAACAAGCUAUACGGGAGCAUAAUCGACUUCGUUCUUUACAUGGAUGUGGAGAACUUCAAUUAGAUGAAGAAUUAAUGAUUUCAGCACAAAAAUGGGCUGAAAAUUUAGCUGACGCUGAAAAACUAUAUCAUAGUAAUUAUAAUGAUUAUGGAGAAAAUUUGGCUUUUAAAAUGUCUGUGGCACCAUGUCAAAUAACAGGUGAAGAAGUUUCACAGACCUGGUAUAGUGAGAUUGACUAUCAUGACUUUAAUCAAUGUUAUCAUCCAAAUUCACGUCAUUUUACUCAGAUGAUUUGGAAAUCCACAACACAUGCUGGAUUUGGAUUAGCUUUAAGUCAAGAUCAAACAAAAGCAUAUGUUGUUGGACGUUAUUUACCUGUAGGUAAUAGAGGGGAUUUCGGAUGGAAUGUACCACAUUAUCAAGGAGUUAAGAGAUCUGAAAGUAUGUAUUCAUUGGAUCGUAAUUCAACUAGAUCAAGUCAUAGACGAUCUUUUAGAGAAAGUCUAGGAUUAUCAGAAAGAUGCAAAUGUUACUGGGAUCAUACACCAUAUUUACCUGAAGGACACUCUAUAAUAAACGAAGAUGAACGUUCUAGAACUGGUUCAAUACGUAGUGGAGACUUUCAACGUUCCAGACCUACUUCAUUUUCAAAUAAUGAUGAUAUACAUUUUAAAUCUGUAUAUACAAGAAGUUCUGAAGAUUUACGACCUAAAACUAUAAAUGUCACUACUACUAGUUUACCGAAUACAGAUGAUGCGCACAAUUCAUUAUGUAGUCCAACAGUGAUCAAUUUAAACUUCAUGAAUUCAGAUGAACGUCCAACAAUAGUUACGAAUGCGAAACCAUCAGAUGACUUUUCGGGUUCUAAUCGUGUGUCUAUCAGAACAUCAAUGAGACGACCAACAAGAAGUUCAACACCAGUGUGUAAUGGACAUUCAUUUGAAAGAGAGAGCAGUAUUUCUUCAAGUGGAAGAGCAAACUAUCUAAAUGGAAGAGCUAGUUAUAUAAAAAGUGAUCAAUAUGGAAGAUCUAGUUAUAUAAAUGAUGACUGUAACAGUACAUUAAGAAGCUCAAGCGCUUCGGGCAAAGGGAUUCAAUAUUGUUCAUACUGUAAACAACGUGGACAUAAUAUUGUUAUUGAAAGAGAUUAUAGAAAUGGUGAAGAAUAA